AUGUCGGUAAUACCCGUCCCCGGGACCCCAAUGGAGCUGCUGUACCUGGAUUCCUCUCAACCCCAAACCCCCAAUUCCAACAGCGAAGACCAAACCAACAACCCAAAGUACCCGUAUCCGAUACCGAUGGAAACUCCUGAAUACCGAAACCUUUCACAUACAGAAUGGAAGUUCUUCGCAUAUGGAGUUGGAGGAAUUCGUGACAAGGAACACGAUGCGCCAGUCAACCCGACCAGUUCAUUCUGGCCUCCAAAGGGUCUCCCGCCAGGCCUGUAUCGUGACACAGUCUAUCGUCGUACAAUCUGUCACUACUCGUAUCACUUCACAUCUUAUGUUCGCUGGAUUCUGUUGGUUAUUCAAUUGAUCAUCGGUGCUGCUUUGACUGCCCUUGGGCCCAUGAGUUUGGAGAAAGGUACACCCAUCACUAUUCUUGGCGCGUCGAAUACAGUCCUUGCGGGUUUGCUGGCCCUCUUUACUCACAGCGGUUUACCUGAUCGAUAUCGAUACGAUAAAGCAGAGUUCGAGCGAGUUGAAGACCAUAUCCGAGAAAUUCUCAUUACUGGCUUGGUGCACGCUGGAAAGUCUGUCAAUGAAGUUCUCGCCGAAUGCUAUGACCGCUCCCACCACGCCAAAGCAACUGUGGAGGUGAAUGUACCUGCGGCUUAUAUCCCAAGUCAAGGUGUACCUCCAGGACAGCGCAUGCACCAACCAAAGACACCAACGCAAGGGAAGGAACCGAAAGACUCCAUAACACCAACAAAGUCCAAUACUUCGCUGGACAAGGAACCUAUCACACCGCAUCAAACUCAGUCGCGAAACACUACGCCUAAAGAAGAAACGGAAGAGGAGGGUCCAGUGACCAAAAUUGGCGAAUGA